CGGCGACGGCGACGACGGUGGUGGUGCCCGGGGGGAUGCGGCGGAGCGGGCCGGCGGGAGGCGUAGAGCCGGUUAGAGAGGGAGAGCCGAGCCCUCGUCGCCGCCGCUGCUACCGGCGGGGCUCGGCCGCGGCCGCCGCCGUCUCCGGUUCCGGGCGGCGGCGCUGCUGAGCCCGCGGGUGCCUCCGCGCCGCGCCGCCCUCCCUCCCAUCUCCUCGCCCAAGCGCUCCGGCCGCGCAACCCGCAGCGCCAGGCCGCGGCCGGCCCUUCCCUAUCCCCUCCCCGGGCGGCGGCGGCGCCGGCGGAGCCCGGGCAGGCGGCGGCGAGGCAGGAGGGGCGCGAUGGCGUCCUACGUGGAUAACAGCUUCCGCCAGGCGGUGAUGAAGAACCCGGCGGAGAGGAGCCCCCAGGAUUUGGAGAUUGUGUAUUCCUAUUUACAUGGAAUGGAAGCCUUGUGUAAUCUGAGAGAGCAUCAGCUAAGACUGAUGUGUGAAACUGUUAGAUAUGAAAGGCAUGAAGCAAAUGAAGUUCUGUACUACCCUGAUGAUAUUGGUACCUGUUGGUAUAUCCUGCUGUCUGGUUCAGUCUUCAUUAAAGAAUCUAUGUUUCUUCCAAGGAGCAGUUUUGGCAAGCGUUCUGCAGGAAGCUUCAGGCGUGGCUGUGAAUGCAUUGUUUUAGAGCCAUCUGAAAUGAUUGUGGUUGAUUACAUGGAUGAAAAUGAGGAGUAUUUUCAGCGUCAAGCUUCUCAUAGGCAAUCUCGAAGAAGAUUUAGGAAAAUCAACCAAAAAGGGGAGCGACAAACAAUUAUUGAUACUGUUGACCCUUAUCCUGUGGGGAAGCCGCCUCUACCUAGAGGUUACCAUACGGAAUGCACUAAACCUCAGCUUCCUGCAGAUUUCACAAAGCUGCACCUUACUGACAGUCUCCACCCACAGGUGACCCACGUUUCAUCUAGUCACUCAGGAUGUAGCAUCACUAGUGAUUCAGGAAGCAGCAGCCUUUCUGAUAUCUACCAGGCUACAGAAAGUGAGGCUGGUGAUAUGGAUCUUAGUGGGUUGCCAGAGACAGCAGUGGAUUCUGAGGAUGAUGAUGAUGAAGAAGACAUUGAAAGGGCAUCGGAUCCUUUGAUGAGUAGGGAUAUUGUUAGAGACUGCUUGGAGAAAGACCCAAUAGACAGAACAGAUGAUGACAUUGAACAACUACUGGAAUUCAUGCAUCAAUUGCCUGCUUUUGCCAACAUGACAAUGUCAGUGAGGAGGGAGCUCUGUGCUGUAAUGGUGUUUGCAGUUGUGGAGAGAGCAGGGACUAUUGUACUGAACGAUGGGGAAGAGCUGGAUUCCUGGUCGGUCAUUUUGAAUGGCUCUGUGGAGGUGACGUACCCUGAUGGAAGAACAGAGAUACUCUGCAUGGGGAACAGUUUUGGUGUUUCCCCUACCAUGGAAAAGGAAUAUAUGAAAGGAGUGAUGAGAACCAAAGUGGAUGACUGCCAGUUUGUUUGUAUAGCCCAGCAAGAUUAUUGCCGCAUCCUCAAUCAAGUAGAAAAGAACAUGCAGAAGGUAGAAGAGGAAGGGGAGAUUGUGAUGGUGAAGGAGCACAGGGAGCUUGAUCGCACUGGAACAAGAAAAGGUCACAUUGUCAUCAAGGGAACAGCUGAAAGAUUAACAAUGCAUUUGGUGGAAGAGCACUCUGUGGUAGACCCAACAUUUAUAGAGGACUUCCUGUUGACGUAUCGGACCUUUCUUUCCAGCCCGAUGGAAGUGGGCAAGAAGUUGUUGGAGUGGUUCAACGACCCCAGCCUCAGGGAUAAGGUUACACGGGUAGUAUUGUUGUGGGUGAACAAUCACUUCAAUGAUUUUGAAGGAGAUCCUGCUAUGACUCGAUUUUUGGAAGAAUUUGAGAACAAUUUGGAGAGGGAGAAAAUGGGUGGACAUUUGAGGCUGUUAAAUAUUGCUUGUGCUGCUAAAGCUAAACGAAGAUUGAUAACCUUAACAAAGCCAUCUCGAGAAGCCCCUUUGCCUUUUAUCUUGCUGGGAGGAUCAGAAAAGGGAUUUGGAAUCUUUGUUGACAGUGUAGAUUUUGGUAGCAAAGCCACAGAAGCAGGCUUGAAACGUGGAGACCAGAUACUGGAAGUGAAUGGUCAAAACUUUGAAAACAUUCAGCUGUCAAAAGCCAUGGAAAUCCUUAGAAAUAACACUCAUCUGUCUAUCACUGUGAAAACAAAUUUAUUUGUUUUUAAAGAACUCUUAACACGGUUGUCAGAGGAAAAAAGAAAUGGUGCUCCCCACCUGCCUAAAAUUGGUGAUAUUAAAAAGGCGAGUCGUUAUUCCAUCCCAGACCUUGCUGUUGAUGUGGAGCAGGUAAUAGGAUUAGAAAAAGUAAAUAAGAAAAGUAAAGCCAACACAGUUGGGGGAAGAAAUAAAUUAAAGAAGAUACUUGACAAGACUCGAAUCAGUAUUCUGCCUCAGAAACCGUACAAUGACAUUGGAAUUGGCCAGUCUCAGGAUGACAGCAUUGUGGGACUGAGGCAAACGAAGCACAUUCCUCCUGCUUUACCUGUCAGCGGAACCCUGUCAUCCAGUAAUCCCGAUCUACUACAGUCUCAUCACCGCAUCUUAGACUUCAAUACUACUCCGGACUUACCAGAUCAAGUUCUGAGGGUUUUCAAGGCAGAUCAGCAAAGUCGCUACAUCAUGAUCAGUAAGGACACAACAGCAAAAGAAGUGGUCAUCCAGGCUAUCAGGGAGUUUGCUCUCACUGCAACCCCUGAUGCAUAUUCACUAUGCGAAGUGUCUGUCACACCUGAGGGUGUGAUCAAGCAAAGGAGGCUUCCUGAUCAGUUAUCCAAGCUUGCUGACAGGAUACAGCUGAGUGGCAGGUAUUACCUGAAGAACAACAUGGAAACAGAAACUCUUUGUUCAGAUGAAGAUGCUCAAGAGUUACUAAGGGAAAGUCAAAUUUCCCUAUUACAGCUCAGUACUGUUGAGGUGGCUACCCAACUCUCCAUGAGAAACUUUGAGCUAUUCCGUAAUAUUGAACCUACGGAAUACAUAGAUGACUUGUUUAAACUCAAAUCAAAAACAGGUUGCACUAAUCUAAAAAAAUUUGAAGAGGUGAUAAAUCAAGAAACAUUCUGGGUGGCUUCUGAGAUUCUAAGAGAAACCAACCAGCUGAAAAGAAUGAAGAUCAUAAAGCAUUUCAUUAAGAUAGCACUACACUGCAGAGAAUGCAAGAACUUCAACUCAAUGUUUGCCAUCAUUAGUGGCCUGAAUUUGGCACCAGUUGCAAGGCUCCGAACUACUUGGGAAAAGCUUCCAAGCAAGUAUGAAAAACUGUUUCAAGAUCUACAGGACUUGUUUGAUCCAUCUAGGAAUAUGGCAAAAUAUCGUAAUGUCCUUAACAGCCAAAACCUACAGCCCCCCAUUAUACCCCUGUUUCCUGUUAUCAAAAAAGACCUUACAUUCCUUCAUGAAGGAAAUGAUUCAAAAGUGGAGGGCUUGGUCAAUUUUGAGAAGCUGAGAAUGAUUGCGAAGGAGAUACGCCAUGUUGGUCGCAUGGCAUCUGUGAACAUGGAUCCUGCUUUAAUGUUUAGAACGAGGAAGAAGAAAUGGAGGAGUUUGGGGUCUCUCAGCCAGGGCAGUACGAAUGCAGCUGUGCUGGAUGUCGCGCAAACGGGGGGUCAUAAAAAGCGGGUCCGUCGCAGCUCCUUCCUUAAUGCUAAAAAACUGUAUGAAGAUGCUCAGAUGGCACGGAAAGUGAAGCAGUAUCUCUCAAACUUGGAUCUGGAAAUGGAUGAAGAGAGCCUCCAGACACUGUCUCUGCAGUGUGAGCCAGCCACCAACACACUGCCGAAGAAUACAGGAGACAAGCGAUCUGGAAAAUCUGAAACGUCACCGGUGGCUCCACGGGCAGGCAUCCAGCAGAAAGUGCAGCAGCAGCAGCAGCAACAACAUAAAGUAAACCAAGCAUUGCAGGUCCCUGCCGUAUCUCUUUAUCCCUCUCGCAAGAAAGUGCCGGUCAAAGACCUCCCACCAUUUGGCAUUAACUCCCCACAAGCUUUAAAGAAAAUUCUUUCCUUAUCUGAAGAAGGAAGUUUGGAUCGUCACAAGAAACAAUCUGAAGACACAGUUUCAAGUGCAUCUUCGCAGCUGUCUUCUCCUCCCACUUCACCACAGAGCUCUCCAAGGAAAGGCUAUACUUUGGCUCCUAGCGGCACAGUGGAUAACUUUUCAGAUUCUGGUCACAGCGAAAUUUCUUCCAGAUCUAGUAUUGUCAGCAAUUCCUCUUUUGACUCUAUGCCAGUCUCCCUGCAUGAUGAGAGGAGACAGAGGCAUUCUGUCAGCAUCGUGGAGACAAAUCUUGGUGUGGGAAGGAUUGAUAGAAGAAUCAUGAUUGAACCAGAUCAAUACAGCUUAGGCUCAUAUGCACCACUGUCAGAGACCAGAGGCCUGUAUGCUGGAGCAACUGUGCUUUCUUCUCCUAGUACAGAAGAGCUGUCACAGGAUCAGGGGGACAGAGCUUCGCUCGAUGCAGCUGACAGUGGCCGUGGUAGCUGGACUUCCUGUUCGAGCGGUUCUCAUGACAACAUACAAACAAUACAGCACCAGAGAAGCUGGGAGACUCUGCCUUUUGGACAUGCUCAUUUCGAUAGUUCAGGCGAUGGGGCAGGACUGUGGGCCUCGGGCAGUCAUAUGGACCAGCUGAUGUUCCCUGAUCAUGGCACAAAGUAUGGCAGGCAAAGUCAAGGUAGGGAGGGCCUUGAUCAAGCACAGUCCAGAGCAAGCUGGGCAUCCUCAACAGGAUACUGGGGAGAGGACUCGGAAGGUGAUACAGGUACCAUAAAGCGGAGGGGUGGGAAGGAUGUUUCAAUUGAAGCUGAAACCAGUAGCAUAACAUCUGUACCAGCAGAGGAGUCAAAGCCAGCUCCCAUGCCCACUCAUAUAGCAGUAUCCUCAAGUAGUACAAAGGGGCUUAUUGCACGAAAAGAGGGUCGAUACCGGGAACCACCUCCAACUCCUCCUGGUUAUGUAGGAAUACCUAUUGCUGAGUUUGCAGAAGGUGGUUCCCAUCCAACCAGAAAGCCUCCAGAUUACAACAUAGCACUUCAGAGGUCUAGAAUGGUGGCACGGACAUGUGAGACUCAUGGGACAUCAACUCAACAGCAGCAGUCACAUGGCCAUUCAACUAGCAGGCCUGUGAACAAACCCCAGUGGCAUAAACCAAAUGAGUCAGAUCCACGCCUUGCUCACUAUCCGUCUCAAGGGUUUUCCACAGAGGAAGAUGAAGAUGAACAAGUCUCUGCUGUCUAAGACUUGGGCUUUUCUGGAUCCAGAGUGAGCCACCUUAAAGGAGAGCACAAGAAGACGUCCCUAGAAUAGGAGCCUUGGAGCUAUAGUUAAAGGAUGGUGGACCUAUUUGCCUCCUUCCCUGCCUUAAAGCAGCAUGGGGCUUCUUCCUCUGCCCCUCCCCCUUCUGUCCCCUCUCCCCUUGCAUGUGAAAUACUGUGAAGAAAUCGCCCUGGCACUUUUCAAACUGUGUUGCUUGAAAUGCACAGUGCAGCAAUCUCCAAGCUACCACUGUCGCUGUCUGCCACAUCACACAGUAUCAUUCCAAAUUCCAAGAUCAUCACAUCAGGAUGAUUAACUCUGGCUGCACUUCCCAAUGCCUGGAAGGGUUUUUUGUUUUUUAAAUCUUCCUUUUAGAUUUUAAUCACAAUCCUAGCACUUAGUCUCAUUGGGAUAAUGAGAUAAGCUAGUUGUCAAAUUACAUUUGGCCUUUAACAUACAAAGAGAAAAAUGCAUUGAAAUCCUUCAAGGAGGCAGUGCUUUUUUGCUUGUUUACAAUGCCUUUGUUACGAUUUUGUAUGUUUGUGUUUCAGAGAUCAAAUACUGCAUCUGCGUAGUAAUUACAGUAUUAUUUCAUACUUGUAAGUAGGGUUGCCAGCCUGAGCUCCUGGAAAGAAUAUUGCUAUCACGUGGCUGAGCAGGGCAGAAGGGAAGACAGAGGUUACGGGAUGCAGCCUUUGCUUGACCGUCUCGCUUCACUCUUAAUGUGCCCCACCCUGGAACCUUCAAAAGUUUGUAAAUGUUAGCAUUAAUAGCAUCCUCAGCCAGGUCUAGCGUAAAUGCAGAAACACAUGCUUGCAACUGGCCGGUGAUGGAAGAGGACACUGUGUGUUUCAUACCUGUGCCUUGUGGAAUACAGGAUGGCAUACUAAAAAAGAAAGUGUCCCAUUCUAAUGAGACAGAUGGCAACCCCACCUUUAAGUUAUAUAUUAUUUUUAUUAUUUUUUUUUUUACUAUAUAGUAGUUAUAUUAAAAGAAAAAUUAACUGGAUAACAUUGCAGUGAAGGCAAGUUGGGAUGUCACAGCUCGUGUCAGCUGUUAACACUGAUCUAAUAACCUCCAUCUAUUGACUUUGGCAUUAGGGGAUAAACGAGCCUUUAAGUAAUGAAAAAUAACACGUUUAGAUUUGCCAGCCUUUGCAAUGCAGAAAUAGUCACAACUGUUAAUGGCUUCAUGGAACACUGCAUGUGUAGAGAAGGCCAAUGUGUAGCAACCACCUGCUCACAGCUGCUAUUAACCCUAUAAUGACUGAAAUGACCCUCCCCUCUAUUUUUGUGUUGUUUUUGCACAGACUCCGGAGAAGUGAAGGCUGCCAAUCCGAGUAGUACUCAAAUGUGAGGAACUGCUGGUCUUGGAUUUUUUUUUUUUUUUCCAUUGAACUCAGCUGAUCAUAUUGAUCAGUAGAUAAACGUAAAUAGCUUCAACUUUUAAAGAUCAAAUUGCAGUGUUUUUUCACUGUAUCAAACAAAUGUCAGUGCUUUAUUUAAUUCUCUCUCCUGUAAUCAUAGCUUUUGUCUAUUUGCUUAUAUAUCACAUUGUCAAUUAUGCAUUUGUAAUUUUACAUGUAAUAUGCUUUAUUUGCCAGUUUUAUUCUCAAGGCUAUGGACCUCAUGUGCAUAUAGAAAUACAAAAUCCUAGCUCUAUCACAAGUUGCACAAAUGUUAUAUAAGCAUUAAGUAAUUGUAGACCAUAGGACUGCUAAUCUCAGUUCGCUCUGUGAUGUCAAGUGCAGAAUGUACAAUUAACUGGUGAUUUCCUCAUACUUUUGAUACUACUUGUACCUGUAUGUCUUUUAGAAAGACAUUGGUGGAGUCUGUAUCCCUUUUGUAUUUUUAAUACAAUAAUUGUACAUAUUGGUUAUAUUUUUGUUGAAAAUGGUAGAAAUGUACUAUGUUUAUGCUUCUACAUCCAGUUUGUAUGAAGCUGGAAAAUAAAUAAAUAUAACAUUAAUGAAGUCCAUAUUGAUUCUUAUGCAUUUUACAUGUUCCACAUACUUGAACAAAUUUAUGAAAAAAUUUUACUUCUCUGUGUAUUAAUAUUAAAGGGACAUUGCCAAGUGAUGUGGGCAAA